UCAAAGUGAAAGUACUGUACGGAGCCAGUUUGUCCAGAUUUCAAACGUUGAUGGAACAAAACAAGAAACCUGAGAAAAGACUGAAUGAAGGCCAGAAAAUGAGUGAGUGUGUGAAGGAGAGAAGAGCAGAUUCUCCAGCUCCCAGUGUUGUGUCCAAAGGAAUUGGUGAAGAUUUCAAUCUUGAACCUGGACCAUCAGAGACAACACUGACUGAAGACCAGAAAAUAAGGGAGCGCGUGGAUGAAGUGGACGAUGGAGCAGACUUUCCAGGAUCCAGCAGUCUGUCUAUGAAGAGUGACCAGUCCAAAAACAUUCCUGAUGACUUGAGGAAUGAACCUAGACCCUCUGACACAAAUGAUCAGGUCCCCACCAGCCGUGAAGCCUCAAUCUGCAAACAGAACAUCACUUCAGGUUUGGACCUGUCUGGUUGUUCAGAAAAGUCCUUCUGUUGCUAUGAAGAAAGAUCCACAUCUGGACAGCACACAGCAACUCACACCAUACCUGUACAUUCAGAUGUUGCUCUGCAUGAGGCUUUAGAUCAACAUAAGCUCAGUCUGAGGAGCAGAUGUGAACGUGUGACUGAAGGAGGUGAAACAGAAAGUGGAGUCCUCCUCAGCAGCAUCUACACUGAGCUCUACAUCACGGAGGGACAGAGUGAAGAGGUGAACACACAACAUGAGGUGAGGCGGCUGGAGACAGCUUCCAAGAGGAAGACCCUCCAUGAGGCUCCCAUCAAGGUCCACGACAUCUUUAAAACCAUCUCUGACCCACACGGACCCAUCAGACUGGUUCUGACCAACGGCGUCGCUGGCGUUGGAAAAACCUUCUCUGUGCAGAAGUUCACUCUGGACUGGGCCGAGGGCCGGGAAAACCCAGACGUCAGUGUGCUGGUUCUGCUGUCGUUCAGGGAGCUGAACCUGAUCAGAGAUCAGCAGCACAGCCUUCUCACGCUGCUCCAUGUUUUCCAUCCAACGCUCCAGGAGGUCCCAGCAGAGCAGCUCGCUGUCCUGAAGCUUCUGUUCAUCUUUGACGGCCUGGAUGAAAGCAAACUCUCACUGGACUUCAGCCACAGGGAGCUGGUGUCUGACGUCACACACAAGUCAUCAGUUAAUGUGCUGCUGACCAACCUCAUCCAGGGGAACCUGCUUCCCUCGGCUCUGGUCUGGAUCACUUCCCGACCCGCAGCGGCCCAUCAGAUCCCUCCUACGUGUGUGGACAGGGUCACAGAAGUACGAGGCUUCACCGACGCCCAGAAGGACGAGUACUUCAGGAGGAGAUCCAGCCACGAGGAUCUGUCCAGCAGAAUCAUCUCACACGUCAAGACGUCCAGGAGCCUCCACAUCAUGUGUCAGAUCCCAGUGUUCUGCUGGAUCACUGCUACGGUUCUGGAGCACAUGUUGACUACAGAGCAGAGAGGAGAGCUGCCCAGAACCCUGACGGACCUGUACUCACACUUCCUGCUGGUCCUGACCCAGAAGAAGAGGAACAAGUACCACAAAGGACAUGAGACCAGUCCACAGGAACUGACGGAGGCUGACAGGGAAGUUCUCCUGAAGCUGGGGAGGCUGGCGUGGGGACAUCUGCAGAAAGGAAACAUCAUGUUCUACCAAGAAGACCUGGAGCAGUGUGGUCUAGACGUCACAGAGGCCUUGGUUCACUCAGGAGUCUGUACUGAGAUCUUUAAAGUAGAGAGUGUGAUCCUCCAGAAAACCGUCUACUGCUUUGUCCAUCUGAGUGUUCAGGAGUUUCUGGCUGCUGUGUACAUCUUCCACUGCUACACCAACAGGACGUCAGAGGUUCUGGAGAUCUUCCUGGGCCAAGACUACACCAAGUUCUCCUUUGAUGUCUUUCUAAUGGAAACAAUGACCAAAUCCCUGAACAGUCAAAGUGCUCAUCUGGACCUCUUUGUUCGCUUCCUUCAUGGCCUCUGUCUGGAGUCCAACCAGAGAAUCUUAGGAGGUUUGCUGGGUCACACGGAGAACGUUCAGCAAACCAUCAUAGAGAGAACCAUCAGAAACCUGAAGAAGAUGAACAAUGACGAAAUCUCUCCAGACAGAAGCAUCAACAUCUUCCACUGUCUGAUGGAGAUGAACGACCACUCAGUCCAUCAGCAGAUCCAAGACUUCCUGAAGUCAGGGGACAUAUCAGAGAAGAGACUCUCUGAGAUCCACUGCUCAGCUCUGGCCUACAUGCUGCAGAUGUCAGAGGAGGUUCUGGAUGAGGUCGACCUAAAGAAGUACAACACAUCAGUUGAGGGACGACAUAGACUUAUCCCAGCUGUGAGGAACUGCAGAAAGGCUCAACUUUCUGGCUGUGGACUGUCAGAGACUCAUUGUGAAGUUGUGGCCUCAGCUCUGACGUCGAACCCUUCACAUCUGACUGAGCUGGACCUGAGUAGAAACUACAACCUGCCAGAUUGUGGCGUGAAGCUACUUUGUGCUGGACUGGAGAGUCCACACUGUCGACUAGAACGUCUAAGAUUAAAGUCCUGCAGCUUGUCAGAGACCAGCUGUGGUUCUCUGGGCUCAGCACUGAGGACCAACCCGUCCCAUCUGACAGAACUGGACCUGAGUGACAACCAGCUGCAGGAUUCAGCAGUGGAGCAAUUGUGUGGUUUCCUGGAGAGUCGAGACUGUCGACUGGAGACUCUGAGAUUAAGUGAAUGCAGUUUGUCAGAGUCCAGCUGUGGUUCUCUGGUCUCAGCGUUGAUGUCCAACCCGUCCCAUCUGACAGAACUGGACCUGAGUGAGAACAAGCUGCAGGAUUCAGUAGUGGAGCAGUUAUGUGGUUUCCUGAAGAGUCCAGCUUGUCGACUGGAGGCUCUGAGCUUAAAAGGCUGUGUGUUGUCAAAGAUCAGCCUUGUUUCUCUGGCUCUGAACUUCAACCCGUCACAUCUGAGAAGACUGGAUCUGAGUGAGAACAGCAUCCAGAACCAAGACAUGAAGAAGCUGUGUGGUUUCUUGGAAAGUCCGGACUGUCGACUGGAGACUCUGAGACUGAGUUCCUGCAGCUUGUCAGAGUCCAGCUGUGGUUCUCUGGUCUCAGCUCUGAGGUCCAACCCGUCCCAUCUUACAGAACUGGACCUGAGCAACAACCAGCUGCAGGAUUCAGCAGUUCUGUGGCUGUGUGGUGUCCUGAAGAGUCCAGGCUGUCGAAUGGAGACUUUGAGACUGAACGGAUGCAGGUUGUCGGAGACCAGCUGUUCCUCACUGGUCUCAGCUCUGAGGUCCAACCCAUCCCAUCUAACAGAACUGGACCUGAGUGGAAACACCCAGCUUCAGGAUACAGGAGUGAUGGUGCUGCAUGACUUUCUGAUGAAUAAACUCUGUCGUCUGGAGACUUUGAGACUCAAGCGCUGUGGAUUGUCUAAGGUCAGCUGCUAUUAUCUGGCCUCAGCUUUGACAUAUAACCCAUCUCAUCUGAGAAAUCUGGACCUGAGUGGAAACAACCUGAAUGAUUCAGAUGUUAAUCUGCUAUCUGAUCUAGUGAAGCGUCCCGGUUAUGGGCUGGAGAGGUUGAGGUGCAGUAUGUAGAAUCUAAAAGUGUUGACAGAUGAUGAACAUCGUCAGUGGAUCUGGGACAUUCUGAAUCUACUUCACUCCUGUUGCUCCACCAGCAUGUUUCUGUCUCGUUUGCCAAUAUAUGGACUAGGCUAUAGGGAUUCAUUCACUUUUGCUGUGGAGGGACGUGAUUAUAAAUCCAAUUAGCAGUUCAUCUGUGUAGAUAGAUAAAUAGAUACUUACUUUAUCCCAGCAGAACAUUCACUCUGUGAUCUAUGUAAUCUAAAAAAAUGUUCUUUUAAUUUUUUAAUGUUUGCCUAUAGAUUUUCACUGAUGCUGAAUAUUUACUUACAUCACAAAGUUAAAUGAAGUUGAUAGAAGAGACCUGAAGUAGUUAAAGCUUGAAACUUCUAAGCUCUUUACAAACCCACCCACUCUUUCAAACUCAAUGUUAAGUGUUUUUGGUGGGUAGACAAUAGACCAAACCUUUAUAUUGGUGGCUUUACUCUGUGUUUUAUAAAUUGUUUAAAUAAUUGUUUAAUUGUUUAAUAAAGACUUCUACUUCAACACA